AUCCAGUUAGUCUGUCGAAACAAGUAACGAAUCGCAAGAGAUAGUACCAUCAGAGGAACAAAAAUCGAGCAAUAAGACCCGAAUAUGUUUAUCAUUCAAUUGGCACUCAGCGCCACCUGCCUGGCGCUGCUUGGAGCUGUCCACGCUGGCUACAGUCAGCCAUGCAGUGGCACGGAUUUCUUUGCUGAUGGACUUAAUUCUAACGCGUUCUAUGCGUGCCUUCCAUCAACAAAUGGGGACUACCAUCUAGUUCGCCUGAGGUGCCAGGAUAACAUGGUUUUCGAUUCGGAACAGGCUCAAUGUGUUGAUCUUCAGCGGGAUGCGGUCCCAGCUGAUGGUGGCGACAUUGAGAACCCCACAAUUCCACCUGGAAAUUUAGAUGAGAGUACUUCCGCAUCGCCUCCAGAGCCAACUGUUGCUCCAGGGCCUCCAAGUCCCACUGCAGCUCCUGAACCAUCUAAUCCAACUAAUGCUCCCGGAACCAGCGGAACAACGGUUGCUCCCGAACCAUCGAAUCCAACUAGUGAGCCCGGAACCAGCGGAACAACGAUUGCUCCUGAACCAUCAAAUCCAACAAAUGCUCCCGGAACCGGCGGAACAACGAUUGCUCCUGAACCAUCUAAUCCAACAAAUGCUCCCGGAACCGGCGGAACAACGAUUGCUCCUGAACCAUCUAAUCCAACAAAUGCUCCCGGAACCGGCGGAACAACGAUUGCUCCUGAACCAUCUAAUCCAACAAAUGCUCCCGGAACCGGCGGAACAACAAUUGCUCCUGAACCAUCUAAUCCAACUAAUGCUCCCGGAACCAGCGGAACAACGAUUGCUCCUGAGCCCAUCUAAUCCGACUAAUACUCCCGGAACCGGCGGAACAACGAUUGCUCCUGAACCAUCUAAUCCAACUAAUGCUCCCGGAACCGGCGGAACAACCGUUGCUCCUGAGCCCAGCGGACCAACAAAUGCUCCCGGAACAACAACAACAACAACGGAUGCUCCCGGAACUGGAUCGACCACCCCGGAACCUGACAUAAAGUGCGCAACAACUGGAUUCAUGCCCAAAACUGGAAACUGUUAUCAAUUCGUAUAUUGCUAUGAGGACAACGAGGGUGAUCUACACCCGAUAAUCCAAAAGUGCAUCAAUGGGCAGCAGUUUGAUCCGGGCUGCGGAUUCUGUAGGUCAAACUACGACUGCACCAAGCCUUCACCUAAUGGUGAAUGCAUUGUCGAGCAGGAGAAAUAAGUGCAGAAUUUGAAUGAUGAAAUAAAUAUCCCACUGUGUGUACUAUUAAGCAAUGCAUAACUAUAGCAACAUAUAUUUUUUUUCAAUCGUUGUGGAAUUUUUUUUGUAUGUUUUUUUUUUUUUUUGUUCAAAUGAAUAAACUUUAGUCUAAUUGAUGUUAA